AUGUCACCGAAGCAGCAGUUACAUUCGCACAACCAGCUCGUCGCACGGCUCCAGUCGCCCUCCGCCGACCCCGCCUCCCUUCCGCCCUCCUUCCUCAAAUACCCCAUCUCGCACCUUCGCGCCAAGAACGUCACCAUUCCCGCGGAUUUCUUCUGCCCCAUUUCGCUCGACAUCAUGCGCGACCCGGUAACUGUCGCGUCGGGGAAGACGUACGAGCGCGCCGAAAUCGAGCGAUGGUUUCGCGAAGGAAAUCGUUACUGUCCGGUUACCCGCUGCGCGCUCGAGGACCUUCACGUCGCCUCGAACAAAUCUCUUCGCAGCAUCAUUUCCGCCUGGUGCCUCGGACAUGGCAUUCGCCUCUCUGCUAACACCUCCGCCAGCGGCGGCGGCGGCGGCGGCGGCGGCGGCGGUGGAGGUGGGCACGCGAAGGGGGGCAGCGGAGAUCUUACUCAGAAUGCCGCUGGCGGAAAGCCUGGCGGGGACGCAGGCUCCGCGCAUCCCACCAUCUCCCCGCGCGGGGUGCUGACUCCCCGCAGCGACUCCUACACUGGCCGCGGAGAGCAAGCCUCGCGCGCGGAGCGCUCCGCGUCGCGCGGGGAGUCAUUCCCCGCGAGACCCCUGACCGGGGACAGUUACGACGCGUCUCAAAGUGGCGGCAGCAGCAGCAGCAGGAGGCCGUGUAGUGCAGGGGCGGGUGGAACAGGCUCGGUGGGUUCCGAAGCAGAUGCCGCCGCGGCUCGGUUGGACCAGGAGGAACAGGUUCGGGCCAGGCUUCCAGACCUAAUUCGGCAAAUGCUGGGCGGCAGUGCGGGCGGCAGCAACACCGGCCCCGAGGCAGCCUCAACGUUCCUAACCAUACAGCGGCGCAGGGCAGCCGAGGAGGUUCGGCACCUGGUUCGGGACUCCCGAGGCAACCGGGCAGCCGUGGUGUCAGCAGCGGGCGGCCGAGCCAUCCCGGGGCUGCUUUCUCUCUUCUCAUGUGGCGAUCCCGAUACUGUAGAACAUGCGGUUACCGCCAUCCUCAACCUCUCCCUCUCCUCCUCCACUCACUCCCACCUCAUCUCCCACGGUGCUGUUCCCCGUCUCGUGACCAUAGUGACAGCUGGCAACAGAGACACGGGCAUGAAUGCCGGGGCGGCAGACCCUGACAAGCCGCCGAGCCUCUCGCCUCGCUCUGUCUCCCGAACCGCGCGUGAGAACGCUGCUGCUGCCCUGUUUGCGAUCUCGGCGUCGUCCGAAACGAAUAAGAUCCUGGUGGGGUCGACGCCAGGUGCCGUGACGGGAUUGGUCGCCAUGCUCGCUGUCUCCUCCUCCCCCUCCGGCUCCCCCAAUUCCAUCCGCAGCCGAAAAGACGCCGCCCUGACCCUCUUCAACCUCUCAUUGGCCGAGAAAAACCGGGCAGCGAUAAUUUCCGCCGGGGCAGUGCCGCUAUUGGUGGAGAUGCUGCAGGAGUAUGGGUCCGGGCUGGAGGAAAAAGCGACCGCUGUGUUGGUCAACCUGGGGAAAACUGGGCGGCUGGGGCGGACGGCGAUCCGGGCGGCGGGCGGGAUACCGCUAUUGGUGGAGGCGAUGGAGUGUGGGUCGGAGAGGGGCAAGGAGGACGCGGUGGCGGCGCUGCUGAUGCUGGCUGAGGACCCAGCACUGAGGGAUGAGAUCGCAGCGGAGGGGGUUCUGCCCACUCUGGGCGUGCUGCAUCGGUGUGGGACUCCAAGAGCACGAGUGAAGGUGAGUUGCUGUUAUUCAAGGGGGGUGGGGAAGGGCACUGCAGGGGAAAGGCACUAG